AGCAACAAAAAAAUAAAAUGGCUGACGUUUGUAAACAUUACUGUGAUUACAUAUGUAUCUUCUUAGGUUUAGACAUAAAUGUGUAGAAUCUAGUUAUGGUACAGAAUUUAGAGGCUAUUAGUUAACUGAAGUGAAAAGUCACAAUGUCUUUCAAGUCUGGGUAUCAGGGAGGGCCUUACUAUGAACUCCUAAGUACCCAAGGGAAAGACUCAUUAAGUAAUUGGAAAGUUUCAAAUUCAGGCAUUAAAAAGAUCUAUGAUAAAGAAGUGAAAGGAUAUAUCUUAACACUGGAAGGUGCAUCAGCCACAACAAAAGUGCAGACCCCUAAAGAUCAGAAGUUGAACUUAACUCUUAUCCAACGCUACAUUGUGCUACAAAUUUACUUGCCAAAGGGUGCUGACUUUUCUAUGGAAUUCGGAAUUACUGACCUUGGAAACAAUAAGCGAAGAAUACUGUUGUCAACAUCACAAAAAGAGAUUCAGGUGACACCACUCCAUGCUAAAGUUCCAUUGGCUAUUGUUCACAAAGCCAUAUGGCUAAACCUAGCAUUAGACUUGGUGUCUUUAGUGGGGGACAUGUGGAUUGGCCAGACGUUUCGCUCAUUGGAUCAGAUCACUAUUUCUGCCAACUGCAAACUGAGGAGGGUGUUCACCAUGAAGUCUCAGCCCCCUGACACAACAGAAGAUGAAGAACUGGACUUGAAUUCUACAAUUAAUACUGGAGAAAUUGACAAUAUCCCUAAGCAUUUACAAUUGACCCUUGAUGUGGAGCAACACACUCAGGUUCUCAAUUUGAGCAAGAUAAAGUCUGCUGAGAGGAUAAAAUCUGGCAAGGGGCUUGCAGAUCAGAACAGAUCUGGUUCAAUGUUGGAUCUUGACCUCAGCAGCAGCGGUAGAAAAGUGCAGUUGUCUGACGGUAAAAUUGCUUUUGGCUCAAAAGCACCAAGAGCCCCAGACACUGGAAGAAAGACAUCCAGACAGGGCAAUGUUACAAACAGAAGCUUCAAAUCUCAAAUAUCAAAAAAUGAUGCAACUGAUGGUCAAGAUGACUCUGAGCAGGUUGAUAUAUUCAAACAGUCUCAUCCAGGUAGUGCUGGUUCAGCCUCGUCACUUACAUAUAGUCACCAGCCUCAUCCUGGCAGUGCCGGGUCAGUCUCUUCACUUACUUACAGUCAUCAGGCAUCUGAUAGUGAUGGCAUUGCAAAUGGUAUGAAAGACUUACAGCUAGUGGCACCACAUCCUCCCAGAGAACCAUCCAAUGACAGAGUCAGAAGAAAGCCAAGAAUUAAACUCCUGGCACAAAAUGGCCUUAUCAAUAAAGGUGAGUCCAGCUUGAUCUCCCCUCCUACUUCGGCUACUCUGUCUGGACCAACGAGAACACAGAGAGUACACAUGACUGGCUCUGUUACAGCCACCACAAUUUUAAGCGAUACAAAGUCAAGCCGAAGUUCUAUGAAAGAUUCAGGUGUUGGCCCUGAUGUCCCUGAAAUUCAAUCACCAAGAAAAGGGGAGAAAAAUCUGUCAGAAAUUACAAGUAAUUAUGAUUCAGUAGCAGACGUCAUUUCAUUGCUACGAGAAGUGGAGGAGAAACAUAUUAGUCAGGACUCAGGAGAGGGAGAUAACAACAAUAACAGCAGUAAAUUAUUGAAAGGGCUCGGCAAUGAUGUGGCUGAGAGAGAAAGAAAGCUGAAGGAGACCUCCAAUGAUUGUGAACUAAAUCCUGAGGGCAAAGUGCACUUGGAUGAAGAUGAUAGCAAUAAGUCAACAAGUGAAAGUUCACAUCCUGGGGAAUAUGAAGAAAGUGAUGACGAGACCUCAGGAGACAACAAUAAACUUCAUCAUUUUUUCUCCCCUCCCAAAUCAGCAAGUUUGAGGCGAACUGCUUCACCAAUUACUGAAUCAAAUGAUCUAACAAGUCUUAAAAAAAGUGCAUCCAAAAUGUCUAAGAGAAGUGCCGACUCGGUCUAUAGAGGGGCAAGGCUUGAAGAUGAUUUUGUCAGCCAUAGCAGCAGUGAAGAGGACCCUGCCUUGAAAGCUGACAUGCUACAUCACACCAUGAGGCAGCGUCGUCCUGUCGGCAGUGCAGGUAGCACCCACAGUGGUGGUAAGGUCUACAACAGCAGCAACUACUCAACUCAGGCUUCUUAUUUAAAACUUAAAAGCCAGGCAACCAACGGUCUCAGGAGCAGGCCAGCUACCAAUCUGUCUCCGAAAGGUUCCACAAGUCCAGACCAGAAACCUUCCUUCAAUUCCAGAAUGGGAAAAGAGAGAGACAGCGUGACGAGAAUGAGCAAGAAGUCAGUCAGGGAAAUCAACAAUCCAGUGACUUAUGAUAAUGAACAAAACUUGACAAAUGGACAGAGACCAUAUGAUGCCACCAAAUACAGAAUGGAGGAAGUGACUGACUCGUUUGAGGCCAGGAUGUAUGAAAGUAUGAGACGGCAUGCAGAUGAAUCCUUGCAAAGCCUUUCACCAACAUUAGACCGGCUACAGCACCGCCCAUCUGAGACCACUACUAGCCACAUUCACUGUGAAUCACCAGCUACUACCAGUGAUGAUGACACCAGUUUUAGCUCUUGGAAAGCUCCAAACUUGAACCAAGUGCCCCACAAUUACCAAGAUGAGAUGAAAUCACAGAGAAGUAGCGACACUUUAACUUCUUCCAAUCCAAGAGACUGGAGCGGAGUGAUGAGUCCACCUAUUGUCCCACUGUCCAGAGUCCAAGAUCUUCAGGGCACAAUGGAAGGGCUAUCAGAUGACCUUUCAGAUGACCCAAUGACAAAUCAUGGUCACAUGGGUCAAACUAUCCAGAACACAACAGAAGAUGAUAAACUUGAUUUAUUGUUUGACCCAAAAUUGAACUGUUACUAUGACCCUGAGACAAAGAAAUACUACGAGCUGGUGACAUGAUGAAAGGUAGCUCCUAGAUACCAACUGAAUGUUGUCAUGGAGUCACUCAUCCGUUAGCUGAACACAUCAUUGUACCGACAGUGGGAUGUCAAUGCUGAUACUAAUGACAGAGAUGUAUAAUGCUAGCAAGAAAGCUUCAGAUAGUGACAGUCUUAACAGAGCUUGUUAUCUGGUCUAAAGUGCUGUCUCAUUGCCUAAUGAAAGACCUUACUCAUGAAGAAAGUUAAGAGUCUUGAAAGAAAUAAGAGACAAGAAAUGGAAUAAAUUUGUGUAAAUAAUGUAAGAUAACGUUGAACAAAUCAAUACCAAAUGUUUCCUAUUCAGUGAUGUUAUAACUUCAUUCAUACUUGUAUUUAUAACUGUGUGUUUUGAAUCUGUAUUUAAAAUAAACAAGUGAUAUUAUAGUUUGUUUUUAAUGCUAUGUAUAAACAUAAUAGUACUACAAAGUAUUGAAUUGAUUCGCAUUUAUUUUUUUUUCUUAUGCUUACUUUUCUAGACUUGUAUUUUAUAGUAGCUAAGUAUACAUUGGUUGUAAAAGAAUUCUAGUUCAUUGUUUUCAUUGGUCUGUCACUUUUCUUUUCAAAUAAUAAUUAAAAUUUUCAUUUUUUUAAUUGUUUGUAGAACUUUAGGAGUGUCUAUUUUUGCAUAAUCUUAAUUUUAUUUGCAUGUGGUGUGUUUUAACAUAUUUAAUUUAGUUUCCUUUUGUCAUUGUAGAUCCAUCUUAUUUGAGUUCCUACUCAUUGGCAUACCUUGGGUGGGGGAGGGGGUGGGGUUCCAAAUUUGAAAAUCCCCUUGGCUUCCCACUUGAGAGGGGCUCCCAAAUGAGAGUCAGAUUUUUUUUUUACAUUAAAUAUUAUGCCUUUAUGUCCUGUCAAAUGUCAAAAUGCAGGGGCCCCCCUAAAGAGGUCAAUCCCCCCUGGGCUCCUAAAUCCCUAGCUAUGCCACUGUUUCUACCCAGUGUUCUAAAUUAUAUUCAUAACAUGUAUUUGCUUAUGAAAAGUCUAGUAAAUGGCUUCAUUUAAGUAAGGACAUAAUGGUUAUUAUUACAUUUUUCACAGUUCAGAAAUAGUUAAAUGUGAUUUGUUGUGGCAAAAUUAAAGUCACAUUGGUUCUAAGAAAGAUAACUCAAUGAGAUGAGUCAAUGAGCUAACUAGUUGGUUUGCUGAAAUUUAUUUCCUCUAUUUGUAAAUCUUGGCUAAAAUGUAUGUCCAUUUUUUUUUUAAAAUUAUAUGAGGAAAUAUUUACACUUUUAAGUUUUAAGUAAUAACUAAAUAUUGACAACUAUUUUAUUAAUUAUUACUAUCAAACAAGUUUAGUCAUUACUAUCAAACAAAUUCCUCUAAAUUGUAAUUAUGUUAAUAAAUUAAUGCUAUCUUCCCCAGAGUAUUAUAAUAAUAUGCACAAUAAAUCAAAUGUUUAAUAGUCAUUUGAAAAUUCCAGUAUUAUUAUAAAGAACCUUCUCUUAUGUGUUUGAAAUAUGCUGAGUCUCAAAGUUUUGUAAAUAUGAUGUUAGACUAUAUUUACAAAGCUUAUAUCCUCUCUCUCUCUGUCUGUCUGUCAGUAUGGUAAAAAGUUUGUGCACAUUAUUUAUUACACACGCAAUCUCGGAUUAAGCUGAAAUUUUACACAAUUGUUUCUUUUACCUGACAAUCAAUAAAAAAAAUUAACCAA